AUGCAUCGUGCCUACCAGCCAAUUCUGCCGUGUGGCAAUAAAUACCUUCAGCAGAAGUGGGACAAAACUACUUACGAAGAGCAUAAGAGAAAGAUCCUAAGAGCCAAGCCUGUGGUAGACACAUCUGCUCCUCCAACAUAUGGACAUCUUCACUUGAAAUUAAGAAAACUUAAGCUUGAUACGGACCGCUUGUCUACAAUAGAACGAGAUAACCAUUUGUUACUAAAGAAGAUAUCUUACAUCAUGAAGACGGAAGGAAGAGUAGAUAAUAAAAAUGAAUAUGUAACCAAAAGUUUAAACAGAGAAAAACGAGAGCAAGAAUUAUUCAAAAUAAACCAUGAAAAUUGUGCCAUUCUGGAAAGAAUUGCAAAGUGUAAAUCUCGGUACAGUAUCCAGAAAUGGAGCGAAGAUUGGCAAAAGACUAAAAACUACAUGAGCAGUAUUACAAGAUAUCCUCAAAGCCCUUGUGAGUUGCAGAUUCAAAAGGGACAACAUAAGAAAAUGUAUAAAAAAAGACUGAAAGAUAACAAACUGAAAGUUGAACAUCUGACAGAUAAGCAAGAACAAGCAGUAGAACUAAUCCACCAAGACAAAGAAGUGAGUGAGGAUCAUCAAGGAGAAAAUCCAAUAGAAAAGGCUUAA